AUGGGCGAGUGGAGGGGGCGGAUUACCGUCAGCGUCAUUCGCCCGGAGCAGGCCGACUCAGACAUUAUCACGCUCGAAGUUGGCGGCGACAUGUCCAUCGAGCUCCUCAAAGCCAUCGUCCAGAGCGAAACCGCCAUUCCCCCCGAAGCCCAGCAACUCGUCUACAACAACCAGCUCCUCCAAACCCCCUCACAAACCCUCGACCAGAUCGGCAUCGGCGAGGGCGACAUGCUCGGCGUCCAUGUCAACCUCCGUCCCGCCGGUGCUGGCCCCGGUGCUAGACCCUCUGCGCCCCCCGCGACAGCCCCCGGCCCCAGCGCCGCCCCGCGCCAGAUGCCCCCUCGCCCUGGCAUGCCCGACCCCGAGACCAUCCGCCUGCACAUCCUCGGCGACCCGCGCGUGCGCGAUGCGGUGCGCAGACAGAACCCCGAUCUCGCGGCGGCGGCAGAUGAUGCGCAGCGGUUUCGCGAGGUGUUGCUCUCGCAGCAGCAGCUGGAGGCGCGGCGGGAGGCGGAGAAAGAGGCCCGUAUCGCGAUGCUGAACUCCGAUCCGUUUAACCCGGAGAACCAGCGGGAGAUUGAGGAGAUUAUUCGACAGAAUGCCGUUACGGAGAACUUGCAUAAUGCCAUGGAGCAUCAUCCAGAGUCGUUCGGCCGCGUCACAAUGCUCUACAUUCCCGUCGAAGUCAACGGCCACCGCCUUAACGCCUUCGUCGACUCCGGCGCCCAGGUUACUAUCAUGUCGCCCGAGUGCGCGGUCGCCUGCAACAUCAUGCGGCUCGUCGACACCCGCUACGGCGGCAUCGCCAAGGGGGUCGGGACGGCUCCCAUUCUGGGCCGGGUACACUCCGCCCAGAUCAAGAUCGGCGAGAUGUUCCUGCCCUGCUCCUUCACCGUCAUGGAGGGGAAGCAAAUCGACCUGUUGCUGGGACUGGACAUGCUGCGCCGCCACCAGGCCUGCAUCGACCUCAAGCGCGGCGCACUCGUCAUCCAGGACCAGGCCGUGCCCUUCCUCGGCGAGGCCGACAUUCCCAAGCACCUAACCGAAGAAUUUGAGGAUGAGCCGACGGUCAAGGGCUCAGAUGGGGCGGAGGUCGGCGCGCGCACUGGUGCCGUGACGCAUCAGGCGGGGCCAAGCGGGUCGUCGUCGGCGCCUGCGUCUGCAGGUGCAGGUGCGUCUGCUUCUGCUUCUGCUUCUGCGCCUGCGCCUGCGCCGCGAAUCAAUAUCCGGCCGUCACCGGCAUCGCGCUGGCCAGCCGACUCGAUUGCGAAGAUUACAGAGUUGGGAUUCACACGGGAGCAGGCGAUCCGGGCGCUGGACGCGGCGAAUGGGGACCUUGAUGGUGCGAUUGGAUUUUUGAUCUAG